AUGUCCAGCAGUCAAGAAUCAGAUAGCCUGCUCAAUGUAUCGGGUCAGGAAGAUAGGGAACCUUCAGCAAACGGUCGCAAUGCUCGACAGAAUAGGUCUACAAGACGGAAUCUGAUCAGUUUUUGGAUUCUGGGUCUUUGCAACAAUUUCGCUUACGUUAUAAUGUUGAGCGCAGCUAAGGAUAUUCUGGAGAAAGAGCAUGAUGGACAUCCUGCAAACUCCACGAGUACUUGUCGGGAAAAGAUAGAUGAUAGACAUUGCCAACACUUAUCCACAGGGUCUGUCCUACUUGCUGACAUUCUUCCUUCUUUAAUAGUAAAAAUCACGGCGCCACUCUUCAUUCAUCACAUCCCCUUCGGGACUCGACAUUUGUUAACGGUCUUACUUCAAGCAUCAAGCUUCCUACUUGUGGCUUGCAGUGACAAUGUAGCAGAAGCUCUAACAGGAGUUGUUUUUGCAAGCCUUGGUUCGGGGCUCGGAGAAAUUUCUUAUCUCGCUCUAGCUGCACAUUAUCCGGGAGAUGUCGUCGGAGCUUGGUCUUCAGGCACAGGUGGCUCCGGUAUUUUUGGAGCGCUUGUGUACGCCACUUUAACAGAUUCUAGCACUUUCAACCUAACCCCUAGGUCAACACUAAUGUCUAUGCUGAUCAUUCCUAUGAUAUUUUGCUACACCUACUGGUUCCUACUUCGAAUACCUAGGUCACUUCAUAGAGUGAAUAUCAGGGAUUUCCGGACAUAUCUAGUUUCACAUUCUGUCGAAGAAGUAGAAGCGUCUGACACGGGCGAGAACGGUGUUCUGCAAGAUUUGUCGAUCAACCGAACAAGAAAUAGGAGAAGAGAUCCCAGAGUUGUGAAAUCUCUCUUGAAGUACAUAAUUCCUUUAGUACUCGUGUAUUUCGGUGAAUAUUUCAUAAACCAAGGGCUGGUAGAGCUACUAGAAUUUAAUUGUUCUUACGGCUUUGCUAUGGAUGCUGGAAGUCAAUACAGAUGGUAUCAAGUGCUAUACCAGCUCGGAGUUUUCAUUUCGCGUUCUUCGUCAACAGUUUUGACGAUUCCUACCGCCUACUUCCCACUACUGGCUGGUCUCCAGUUGUUCAAUGCCGUCUUCUUCUAUCUCGAGGCUGUCUAUUAUUUCGUUCCUCACAUCUCUAUAAUUUUUGCAAUCAUAGUCUAUGAGGGAUUGCUUGGUGGUUCAGCCUAUGUAAAUACUUUCAAUUCCAUACAUAGAGAGAUUCCCACUGAGUUGAAGGAGUACAGUAUGGGUGUAGUCUCUGUUUCUGACUCGGUUGGAAUAGUUUUUGCUGGUUUUCUGGCAAUCCCAAUUCAUAACUACAUUUGCUCACUUCCUUUACACUUGUGA